GCAGUUAUCAACUGAGACACGAUGGCUAGAACCAAGCAGACCGCUCGUAAAUCUACCGGUGGUAAAGCUCCGAGGAAACAGCUCGCCACUAAGGCGGCGCGUAAGAGCGCGCCUGCUACAGGCGGCGUGAAGAAGCCUCAUCGUUACAGGCCUGGUACUGUAGCUCUGCGAGAAAUCCGCCGCUAUCAGAAAUCUACUGAACUGUUGAUUCGUAAGCUGCCCUUCCAGCGCCUUGUGAGGGAGAUCGCUCAGGAUUUCAAGACCGAUCUUCGCUUCCAAAGUUCUGCUGUAAUGGCUCUGCAGGAAGCGAGCGAGGCGUAUCUGGUUGGUCUGUUUGAGGACACCAAUCUGUGCGCAAUUCACGCCAAGAGAGUGACCAUCAUGCCCAAGGAUAUCCAGCUGGCCCGCCGCAUCCGUGGAGAGCGCGCUUAAAAUGGCUUGACCUAACACAAUUGGAACACCAAAGGCUCUUUUCAGAGCCACCUAAGAA